AUGUGCCAGAACAACAACAACAAUGCUGGUGGUGGUGUGAAGGAGAACGGAUGGAAUUUCUGGGGGAAAAUCUACGAGAACCCGAGUUUGCGGCAACAAAACGAAAAGCGAGCUCAGAACGGUCCCACGAUGUCGGAGUUGCUACGCUCGGGUCAGCUGUGCCACGGCGAGUUGUUGUUCACCAACGUGCCGCGGAUUGGAAAUAAUCAACAAUCUCUCGUACGUCAACUGAUCAACAGCCAAUUACAGCGAGCUGUCUCCAUUCUCGACAUCACGAUCAUCAAUUGGCGAUGGAAAGUCCGUUUUUAUCGUGCCGAGGACGCGGAGGAGGUGCAGAGGAAAUUGGACGGCUUGCGCUACCGGAAUCGAGCUAUUAUGGUCCGUGCAGCUGACGAUUUUGAUGGGGGACCACAACGACAAAGAAACGGACCUCAACUCGGCUUUGGACCGCCUCGGGGAAGUGGAGGACAAAGUUCAUCAAUGACGGUUAAAGAGAGCCCGUCAACCUCGGCGAUCAUCACUCCAGCGAACUACCCGUUUGGACCGCCCGUUCGCGGCGAAAUCAUUGACCCGUCGUUCACGCCCAUCGAGAUGGAGCAAAUCGAGAAGUUUAAGGAAGACGUGGUGAAAGUGCUGGAGAGUCAACAAAACGGUGUCCUCGUCGAUCAACUCGUGACCGAGCUGCGCAAACACAACUACGCCUACUUCAUCACUGCUGCGCUAAAAGAAUGGCCACUCGGCCUCCUCCGGAUGUGUCAAGAGGUGCGUCUUAUCGGUCCCUAUGCUUCGCUGCGUGUUCACGAUUUGCAUCGACGUUAUUUGGCGAAAUUUGUUCAAGAAGGCGUCUCGAUAAUGACGAAAUGCGAUUGGGAGCCGAUGCCACCGUGCAACAUCCGUACCGAGUCUCAUAUGAAAGCCUACGUCACCGAAUUACUCACCGCGUUCGGACCACAGCAUUGUAAAGUUGACAUCCCGAUUCGUCUCUUAUCGCGCACACUGCCCGGUCAAUGGCCUGAUGGAUCGGUGGCACUUUGUCAAAUGAUUGAAUCACUUGGCCCGGAAUUUCUUCUCUUUCACGAUAUUCUCUACUUGUCGACAAAUGUUCGCCAUCGGAUGGCUCUAUGCGAUUGUCUGGUGCCGUCAAAACAAUUCGCGCCGAAUGAGCAGCCGCGUUUC